GUUGAAUAUCGCGUAGACGUCACAGUGACGUAGCCACGACUCAAAAAUCAUGGCGGACGAAGUGGAGCAGCAACCGAGCACCAACACCGUUGAAGAGCCCCUCGACCUGAUCAGACUCAGUCUGGACGAGAGGAUCUACGUCAAAAUGAGGAACGACAGAGAGCUGCGAGGACGGCUACAUGUAAACUACCCACACGCGCGCGCAUCCUCGCUUGCAAGGCGCAUGUAUCCAUUGUGUUGUUUUGCUGCACAUCAGGCAUACGAUCAGCACCUGAACAUGAUUCUGGGAGAUGUGGAGGAGACGGUGACCACGGUGGAGAUUGAUGAGGAGACGUACGAAGAACUAUACAAGUCGACCAAGAGGAACAUUCCCAUGCUGUUCGUCAGAGGUGACGGCGUUGUCCUCGUAGCGCCACCCCUACGGGUGGGCUGAGCCUUUAAAAAAAAAAAAAAACCUGAGCUCUUUUUCUGUUUUGUUUUUCUUUUUUUUCUUUUAUAUAUAUAGCUUUUUGCAUUAUGUCUGCAUUUUUAGGUGAUGUUGAUUCCUCAUAAGUAAAUAACCACCACUUUGAGUUAUAAGGCUGUAAUCAAAUAAAUAUGCCUUGGUGACAAAAACGUC